CACCACAAGCUGGACCUAAGCGCAGCAGAAGAACUUGUGGAGGUCUCUGCCUCCACCUGGCGAUGGAUGGAGAGAAAUGAGGAGAAGCGGAGCUCCUGGAUCCGCGACUCUCUCUCUCUCUCUCUCUCUCUCUCUCUCUCUCUCUCUCUCUCUCUCUCUCUCUCUCUCUCUCGCCAUGAAUGGAAGCCUCAUCCUCAGGUAUGCCUUCUAACCCUCAGCUGCGCUCCAGCGACCGUCAGCAGCAACAACUACUACAACCGGAGCCCCGCCGCUUCACUCCGUGUCUCAGUCUCGGGUGGAUGGAACAAGCACAGUAUAGCCACGCGGAAAUUCGAGGUGUGAUCUGAGUGAAAACUUACGGGAUUCAGAAGAAUUGAUUAAAAUAAAAUAAAAUAAAACCUCAGUCAUGGCGACAAUCGGGGAUUUCGACCCACUCAACUCCACUGUACCUGCGACAAAGAUUGAAGUCACCGUGUCCUGCAGAAACCUGUUAGACAUGGACACCUUCUCCAAGUCAGAUCCAGUGGUGGUGUUGUACUUGCAAGGCCUGGGGACCAAGGAGUGGAGAGAGUUUGGUCGGACAGAAGUAAUCGAUAACACACUGAACCCCGACUUUGUGAGGAAGUUUGUCCUUGAUUUCUUCUUUGAAGAGAAGCAGAACCUUCGCUUUGAUGUGUACAACGUGGAUACUAGGAGCUCCAACCUUUCGAAACAUAAGGACUUUCUAGGUCAGAUGUUCUGUACGCUGGGUGAGAUCAUCGGCUCGACUGGCAGCAGGCUGGAAAGGACACUCUCUGGGAUUCCUGGGAAGAAGUGUGGAACGAUCAUCUUCACAGCCGAGGAGCUCAGUAACUGCCGGGACAUAGCCACCAUGCAGCUGUGUGCCAACAAGCUAGAUAAAAAGGAUUUCUUUGGCAAGUCUGACCCUUUCCUCGUCUUCUACAGAAGCAAUGAGGAUGGGACCUUCACCAUCUGCCACAAGACUGAGGUGAUCAAGAACAAUCUGAACCCUGUUUGGCAGCCGUUCACCAUCCCUGUUCGAGCACUCUGUAACGGAGACUAUGACAGGACAGUCAAGGUGGACGUUUACGACUGGGACAGAGACGGGAGUCACGACUUUAUCGGAGAGUUCACCACCAGCUACAGAGAACUGUCCAGAGGCCAGAGCCAGUUCAACGUCUACGAGGUUUUGAAUCCAAAAAAGAAAGGCAAGAAGAAGAAAUACGUCAAUUCGGGCACGGUGACCUUGCUGUCUUUCAAAGUGGAGUCAGAAUAUACGUUUGUCGAUUUCAUCAGAGGAGGGACACAACUCAAUUUCACUGUGGCCAUAGACUUCACAGCAUCUAACGGUAAUCCGUCCCAGCCCACCUCACUGCACUAUAUGAGUCCAUACCAGAUGAAUGCGUAUGCCAUGGCUCUGAAGGCUGUGGGGGAGAUUAUACAGGAUUACGACAGUGACAAACUCUUCCCAGCAUACGGCUUCGGAGCUAAACUUCCACCGGAUGGCAAGAUCUCUCAUGCCUUCCCACUGAACUCAAAUACAGAAAACCCAAACUGUGUGGGCAUCGAUGGUGUUCUCGAGGCGUACUUCCAGAGCCUACGAAGUGUUCAGCUGUACGGCCCGACCAACUUUGCUCCAGUCAUCAACCAGGUGGCCCGGUGUGCCGCAGAAGUGACUGACGGCUCUCAGUACUUUGUGCUGCUGAUGAUCACAGACGGCGUCAUCUCCGACAUGGCUCAGACCAAAGAGUCUGUGGUCAACGCAGCCUCCCUGCCCAUGUCUAUCAUCAUAGUAGGAGUGGGUCCUGCUGAGUUUGAUGCUAUGGAGGAGCUGGAUGGCGAUGAGGUCAGAGUGUCCUCCAGGGGGCGCUUUGCAGAGAGAGACAUCGUCCAGUUCGUUCCUUUCCGGGACUACAUUGACCGGUCAGGGAACCAGGUUCUGAGCAUGGCACGACUGGCAAAGGAUGUCCUGGCAGAGAUCCCCGACCAGCUGUUGUCCUUCAUGAAGAGCCGGGGGAUAGAACCCCGGCCCCCUCUCCCCGCCACUUCUGACUCCCCUUCAAUGUCCAGCACCACCACAUCCACCACUGCUGCUCCCAAGGACCGCAACGUGCACGCCUGAAAAUGAGGGCAGUGAACAGAGCACUAUUAUAGUCGGAGAUCUGAGCAAAGGGAGAUGUGUGUUUCUGUGUCUGUCUGUGUACGUGUGUGUUGCAUGGUUUCGGGGUUGGUUGACAGGAACCAAGUCAGGAUUCUAAAGACACCUUUCAGAAGAGAGUACAUUCCUUUAAAAGUGUUGGUGGUGAGGAUUCCCCCAACAAGAUCUGGACUGCAGGUGUAAAAAAUACACUUUUAACAUUUCUGGCUUUUGUCAGCAUCUAUCACAAUACACCCUCUGCAGGGGCAACAUUAAUUCCAACAACUCAAGGCUUCAAAUGUAGUUUAGAACUUUUUCCUCGGUCGUCAAUUCUAACAUUUUCAAUGAACAAAAGCCACUACAGACUUUCUUUUGCUAACAGAGCUUCUUCUGCAGAAGUCGAGUCUCCAGCUCCGUCCACCCUACUUUAGUUUGUGUGACACCGUUCCUGCUCACGGUGAUAAGAGUGUCUGCUGUAAUAGAGUAAUAAAUCCUGAAGUAGCCUGGCAAUUGAUUUCUAUCAGUUGUAAAGAGAGACAGCACUGAGGCUGAUGUCCUUUCCUUGUUUGUUUAUUCUCAGGGCAUUUUAAAGGCUUGACAGCAACCCGGAGAUCUGAAAAUAGAGAAGCAGAAAUCAAAUCCUGUCCUGGUUGUGGCAUUGAGAGCCAAUGGACACCGGUUCUUUUUACUGCUUCAUGAAAAUGUAUGCUGUAUAUUACUGUGUGCUCAACAUGAAAUGCAAAUGUGUUUUUAUGUAAAGCGGUGGUGAAUGCGCUACAUUUCAAGGUCAACAUUCAGAGCCCAAAUGUUGGCAAGUCGAAACUAAUCCCACGAAGGGAGCACCUCCUGAAAGCAGGAAACAUAUAAGGCCAUGAAAUUGGCUCGGGAUAGAGAACAGACUGAAAUACCCUCCACUCCAGCUCCUCCACCUCCUCCAUCCACCGUACAAUUUAACAGUAACAGGAGGUACAGAUGAUUUCAGGCUUGCUUGCAAAGCUCAACAUAACCAUGCCUGUGUGCCCUGCUGUCCCCCCUCUUCCUCUAAAUUGCAACUCUCUCAGCUGGGGCUGUCAUUUUGAAUUUUAUGAAUCAUUCAUAAGGUGGGUGCCUCUUGUUCUCAAGCUGUCUGGGUUAUGUACCUGUUUAAAAUGAAUAGAGCUGGUCAGUGCACAUUACACAGGAGGCCAGAAUACUUCAUAUGUAGCAGAGAAUGUUUGAAAGCGUCAGGGUCACCUUUACUUUUUUUUUGUUUUACUGGAAAGAAGAGAGUGAAGUUUAGGAUGUAGUGCUGCUUUCAAGGAGUUGCAAUGUGCUGACUACUCACUCAACUCAUCACUUCGGGUGUUUGAUAUAUGGCUGCAUAUUUCCUGUGGCUGUCAGUCAGAGCUCUUCAGCAUCAUCUUUUUUUUUGUGAUUUCAUUUGUCAUGCCUUUGUUGUGUGCAUGAAGGAUUCAAGCAAAACUGAGCUACUGCUCGUGUAGACAACCCCAGAUUUGUUUUACUGGAACAGGUUUUACUCUCCUUUCCUUGUGUGCACUCCGGAAAACGGAUAUUGUGCAUUUUGGUCAAACCUUCUUGUCUUUGACACUUGUUAAGGGAUGGUUUGACCUGACAGCAUCACAAAAAUAGCAAGUUGGGGAGAUCUACAACGCCAAUAAUAACAAUAAUAAAUGGAUUCGUCUGGAUUAUUAAGCAUGUAUCAUUGUAUUAGAAAGGAAAUGGAUAUGUGGCCUUAUUUCUGUCAUAAUCCUACAAGUAUGUGCGAGGGAGGACUCUAUUUUUAUAUGACAAAACAGGAAAUCUGUGGUAUUUUGCAUGCUUAUUUGGCUGAUAUGCUGCCAAUGAUUGUACUUGUUCAGAAAAUCUGUAUCUUUAUUCAUAUCUGAAGGUGACUUCAAACAACAUUCCUACAUGUGUCGACUUGUGUACUGUGCAGGAGUGUUCUUUCUAUUUCUACUGUUAUUGUGUACAGUAUACAUAAAGGAACUGCCAAUGUAAUAAUCCAAAACAUAUAGGAGAUACAUGAAUAGUAGGGUAGAUUUGUAUCACACAGUGUUUAAAACAUUCAUGCAUGUGUGUGUGUGUUAUGACAUGUACACCAACCCAAAGUCACAUAACCUGUUGGAUAUUUUUGUAUGAAGCAUGUUAAGCUUUCUAUACAGUGUGUACAGUAUUAGUUCAUUACACUGACAAACAAUAUACUGCUCACUGAUUAUCCCCAGUCUAGCGUGUUGCAUUCAUCCUGAGGGUGGCAUGUAAAUACAUCUAAAGUGAUGUACAGAAUAUUUUGUGAACGGUCUUCCUUCCUUCCAUUUCGUUCCUCUCUGAUACUCUAAAUGUCUCUGUUAUUUUUUUUGUCUCCAUUAAUGUGGGUCGCAGUUUAGUUCUAGGUUUGUCAAUGUUUUCUAGCUUUUGCGUAGAAACCAAAUAAAGAUAUUAUUUAAGGCUCAUCUCUAGUCUGUACAUAACAGUGUAGUCUGUUACUAUUUUGACAGUAAUUCUUGGAUCAUGUUAGGGACUACAAAUGAUUACGGGCAAGACAUUAUGUAUUGUUUCUUUUUGCUGAAGGGAGGGCACU